CCUGCUCAUUUAUUAUAUUAUUAUUACUAUUUUUAUUCUUCUGCUCUUGUUCAAUUAUUUUAACUCAGCUCAGCUUCUGAUCAUUCUUAGAGGGUCACAGAAAAAACCAUGGGAGGAGAAAAGCAGGUCACCACAAUGGUGCUGAAGGUGGAUCUUCAGUGCUGCAAAUGCUACAAGAAGGUCAAAAAAAUACUCUGUAAAAUCCCUCACAUACAAGACCAGAUAUACGAUGAGAAGAAUGACACAGUCACAAUCAAAGUGGUAUGUUGCAGUCCUGAAAAGAUCAAGGAAAAGAUUAUUUGCAAAGGAGGCGACACCAUUAAAUGCAUCGAGAUAAAAAAGCCGCCUCCGAUACCUAAACCACCAGCAGAUAAGAAGCCUCCUCCUAAACCACAACCAGACCAGAAGCCGCCUCCUUGUCCUCCUGAACCUAAACCACAACCAGACCAGAAGCCUCCGGAACCUAAACCACCAUGUCAGAAGCCACCUCCUCCUCCUCCGCCGGCGUUGGUUCCGAUCGGAGUAUGUUGUCAGCAAUGUUACUGUGGGUAUCCUGGUGGGCCAUGCUUUCCCGGCCAUGGUGGGCCACCACCAUGUUACCAAUACGAUUGGUAUUGUGGAAGGCCAGUCUUUGAUAGCUGGGGCGGUGGAAGGAGUUGCUAUACGAGCCACUGUGAUACCCAAGGAUGCACAAUCAUGUAGAUCAAUUUUUAAGUUUUGUUAGCUUCACUAGUUAUUCUCUUCUUAAUUACCACUUAUAUAUACAAGUGCUGGAAUGUCGAUUAUUAUUAUUAUUACUAUAUGUAUAAGAUAGAAGGGAAAAUACUAGAAAAGAUUACAAUAACAAAGAAAUAUGGUUGUUUAUUGUGAUGGCGGAGGAGUUACACUUUUUGUAACAAAAAACUAAGUGAAGCUUCCAUCAAUCAUUGCUCAAUUUA